CUGCAGUCUCCAGGGUAGAAGUCCUGCAGUGCUCGAGCUAUCAGGAUAGGAUCUGUGCAGAAGUAUAAAACUGCCAUGAGGAGGAGGAGGAGGUGUGGCCGGCUGGUUGUAUUUACACGCUGUGUGUUCCCACUGCCACGGAAACCAGCUGAGCCUCUGUUGCGCAAAUACUCCCAGACCCACACACACACACAAUUCACCAAACAGGAAGCCUUGAAUACCUGUUGAUCUGAGUCUGAACCGUCCGGCAGAUUUGUCUGAGUGCUUCAGGAAACACGAACUUUGUGAGGAUUUUUGUUGGAAACAUGAGCCGAUCGAGGCCAGAGCAUCAGUGAUUAUAGUCAUAUCGAAGAUCUGAACCUGCCGGGGGUGACGCCUUUCUAACUGAUUCCAAGUGCCAGCGAUGUUCACCACCAGGAAAAACAGCUUACCCUCACCCAGUCUGGAGGAUUCCUUCUUCCCCCUCUCCUCUUCCUCUUCAAUAGCCCUCUCCUUUGGGCUCGCGUCAUCUUCGUCUCCCUCUGGUAGCGUCGACAGCGGAGGAGCUAUAGAUGCUGACCUGAUCCUCGCUGCGGAGCUGGGGCAGGCGCUGCUGGAGAAGAAUGAAGAGCUGGCAGCUGCUCUGGAGCAGAGGGAGAAGGAGGUUGAGGAUUUACAGCAGGUGAAACUGAAUCUCCAGAGGAAGCUGGAGAUGAACGAGCUGGAGUCUGGCCAGAAGGAGGCCGAACUGAUGACGGAUUUAGCUGCUCUGAAAGCCGAGCUGGAGAAAUACCGCAACGAGGGACGAGACCGGCGGAAGGAUGAGAGCGAGCAGAUGGCCCAGUUAGCUAAUCACAACCAGCGGCUGGUGGAGCAGCUGGCUGAGGCCGUGACGCUGGAGCACACCUUGAGGACGGAACUGCGUUCCCUCAGAGAAGAGAUGGAGGAUUCCUCUUUUAACCGAAAAGUCAGCUUCACACAGCUAGAAAAUAUGCAAGCAGAGAAUCGAGUUCUGGUGGGGCGUCUCUCCCAUAUAGAAACACAACUCAAAGCCUCAGAAGAGGACUGCCAAAGACUGCGGUCUGAGAGAGCUGGACUGAGGGUCCGGCUGUCGGAGCUGCAGGUGAAGCUGAGCGAGAAAGAAGCCGAGAUAGAGCAGGAGCAGGGGGCUGUAUUUGAGUUGCGCACCUUAAAUCGUUCUUUACAACAAAAAGCUCUGAACCUGGGAGAGGAGAGCGUCCUGGACAGCCCACACACACAUCCUCUGUCUUUGCUGAGUGAAAUUCAGCAAACACAGGCUACAGAGGCUCUCCUGGCUCACUCCACCGUGCUGCAGGCCAAGGAUGAAGAAAUGCAGACAUUAAAGGAGGAGCUUCAGUCUCAGCGGGAAGAACUGGAGUCUUUGAGGGAGGAAGUCAAACCCUUCAGAAGCAGCCCAGGAAAACCAAGCUACAGCUCUUUGGAGCGUGAGCUGGCCUCGGUCCGUCAGGAAAAAGAAUCGCUGACUCAGCAGCUCCUCAACACCAUCAAGCACAAGGUGGCGCUGUCUCAGGAGCUGGAUGCUUGGCAGGAGGACAUGCGCUUGGUGAUCUGUCAGCAGGUGCAACAAAGAGAGGAGAAGAAGAAGAAAGAUGACCAGGAAGAGAAGGAACUUGCAGUCGGACUCCACAGGAGCAAGUCUUUGAAACUGAAAGGAGAAAGGGGGAAAAAUUUCUUCUCCUUUUUCAAAGACAAAUAGAGAACUCUAAACGGACAGUAUUAGUCUUUCUUUUCCUCACCAGAGAAUGAACACUUUGAUCUGAUAUCGCCAUCAGCAAGUAAAAUGUUUACAAAUUUUAUAUUUGAAGAUAUUUGUAUGUGUAUAUAUGUACAGAAUAUUCAUUUUAGACUGUAUACUCACUGAAAUAUUAAAUAUAUGUUUUUUUAUAUUAUAAUCACCUGUUUUUACAGCUUUAAUGAUAAAUGUGAGUUGUACAUUUGAUAUACAGCUGAAAACAAGUCAUGUUUUAAAAGAAAUGCAGGGAUUUGUGCAAAAGUUGAAAAUGGUGUUACCUCAGAUAUGAUAUCAGUUAUUUUUUUUAUGUUUACUCUGCUGAAGGCCUUCCCAGCAGAGUUUGUUUUUYUGGAAACCAGUUGAAGCAAGUGAUUUUGUUAAAAAUGUUUUGAGCAGUUAAAAUCUUAAACAUCUCUUUAAACAAA